CUUUUGCUUUCAUGGGUUUUGGGCUGAAUGAAUUGGACUUACCUUCACAGAUCGGUCAUGGCUGCCGCAGCAUUUUUCGAGGCAAUAACUCCCGCCUCAAAGGGCCAUCUUCAAAUUUCAAAUCAAUCAGUCUCCCUCUAUUCUGCAAUCUCUGACUUGGGUUCAAGCACCGUGUUCAUCAUGGGAACCAAAGCAGGGGUUGAUCUUUGGUCGGAGAUCAUAGCAUCGGAGGAGCAAGAGGGGGUCCGACAACAACCCAGAAUCGAAGUCAUCUAUCAGAGGAGACGACCUCAGAAGAAGACCUGCCAAGAUACGCUCUUGAAGCAAGUGGAUCCUAGUGGCCUGAAACGGGUGAGUAUAGUUGAUGCCAACAAGCGGGUCAGUUGGAAUCGUUCACUUUCGACCAGGGGGAGGACAAGUAUUGCUGUCGUUCCUGGUGUGAAGAAUCAGCCUCAACAAAGGCAGGCAAAGGGAAAGGGAAAGGAAAAGGGAAAACCGCCAGUUUAUAAAGGAAAGGUUGCAGAACCUCCAAGCUUUGAGAAGGAGCGAGAAUACUUUCAAGAGGUUGAUGCCUUUGAGUUAUUGGAGGAGAGCCCUUCCCCUAAGAACUUUGGGACAUGGGCCAUGGGCGAUAAACGUGACAUAAUUCCCAUACCACAUUUAACCUCAAGAUUAGAGAAAUGGUUAAUUUCUAAGAAAUUAAAUUAUAGUGGCGGGCCUUCUAGCACGCUGUCAAAGAUAUUUGAAACUCCAGCUUCCAUGGAAACCAUAUGUGAACAUGAUUUUGAUUCUUCCAAUUUGAGAACUCCAGAAAAAUCUUCUUGUAAAGUCAAUUUAGGCUUGCAUUCUGUCCAAAGCAACAUACAUGAAGGUUUAGUAAAUAUUGAUGUUCUUGAAAAUGAUGUGGAUUCUCAAAAGAGUAAUGCAACCCUUGUGAGCGCUGGUGAUGAGGGUUGUGAAGCUAUAGAAGCUGGAGUUAGGAAACUCUCUUUGACAUCAGCUUCAACUUCAUUAGAUCUUGAUCAUGUAGAUCCAUUUUCUAAACUUUUGGAAAUUUGUCAACAGACAGCUCCUUCAAAGCUGUUGGAUGUCUUUGCUAAGUACUGUGACCCAGACAAUAUUCGAAAAGUUGGUGAAGGUACCUAUGGAGAAGCCUUCGUGGCUGGUAAUACUGUCUGCAAAAUUGUUCCGUUUGAUGGAGAUCUGCGAGUAAAUGGAGAAAUACAAAAGAAAUCAGGAGAAUUGCUUGAGGAGGCUGUGCUUUCCCGAACUCUUAAUAGUUUAAGGGACUUUGAGCAUGACGUUUUUAAUGCAUGCACAAUGUUUAUAGAAACAAUAGAUUUGAAGGUAUGCCAAGGUCCCUAUGAUGCAUCCUUGAUCAGAGCUUGGGAAAAAUGGGAUGAAGAACGUGGCUCAGAAAAUGAUCACCCCAAGGAGUUCCCAGAGAAGCAGUGCUACACUGUUUUUGUUCUGCAACAUGGUGGCAAGGAUCUUGAAAGCUUUGUACUUGAGAACUUCAAUGAGGCAAGGAGUUUGUUGAUGCAGGUUACUGUUGCUCUUGCUGUAGCUGAAGCUGCUUAUGAAUUUGAACAUCGUGACCUGCACUGGGGAAAUAUACUUCUCAAUAGAAAUGACAGUUAUACAUUGAAGUUUAUUUUUGAUGGCAAGCAGAUGUCCAUUAGAACAUUUGGCUUAUCUAUUUCAAUAAUUGAUUUCACUCUAUCAAGGAUUAAGGCUGCGGAAAAUAUACUAUUUCUGGACUUAUCACUAGACCCUGAUCUAUUCAAAGGUCCAAAAGGAGACAAACAAUCAGAAACGUACAGAAAGAUGAAGGAGGUAACGGAAGAUUACUGGGAAGGAAGUUUUCCCAGAACGAAUGUAUUAUGGUUGCUGUAUUUGGUGGAUAUACUACUCCUGAAGAAAACCUUUGUACGCUCUUCAAAGAAUGAGAGGGACUUGCGCUCACUAAAGAAGCGUUUAGACAAGUAUCAGUCGGCCAAAGAAGCCGUUUUUGAUCCUUUCUUCAGUGAUUUAUUAAUGGACCAGGGUUGUGAAUAGUGUACAUUUUUUGUAGGUUUUGCAAAUUAGAUUGCAAAACACCAGUCCUUGGAUGGAGGGACUUCCCCCAAUAUUAGUGGGCUCGUCUUAAUCCAAUGGUUAAUAUUUUGUAGUCUAAUACAAUUUGAACUGCAAGAUACUUAUAUUUUGAUAUAUUAUACCAGGUAAGGAAUAUACUUCAAUAAGGGGAAAUUGUAAAU